AUGGUGAGCUUGAAGCCGGUCUGAGUCUGAUCCGGAUCCUGAUGCGGAUCUUCAGCUGCAGGCUCUUAAAGUUGAGGCUCCUCUGUAAGGUAACGAGGCGGAAUCAGAUCGAAACUCUGGUGAACAAUAGAGACAUAAUUUAGCUUCAUCUUCACCAAAACACACCAGAUUCAGUGAAGCUAAUCAGGCAGAUAAUUAACCUGCAAGUUGAGAUAGUUAGCUUCUAGCCUAGCUUACUGUAGAGCAGCCUGCUGUAGCUUCUCUCUGCUGAUCAGGAGACACUAAGAUCAGAUCAGAGGAAUCAGAGGAUCAGGGGACACCAGGAGGGAUACACUACCACAGCUGCUCAUCCUCUGCUGGUCAUUGUGGUUGUACUGGGAGAACUGGUAAUGGGGCGCAGGGUUGUCCUCGGGGUUCAGCGGCCAAGUCCCGUCCAGGUUAUGGUGCCGCUGGUGCUCCUCAUCGUGCUGUUGGCGGCGGUUUCAGCGGAAGGCCAAGACUACUACAAUCUGCUGAAAGUCAGCAGGGAAGCCACGACCAGAGAGAUACGACAGGCCUUCAAGAAGCUGGCGCUCACCAUGCACCCCGACAAAAACCCUGGCGACGCCUCAGCACACGAGAAGUUCCUGCAGGUGAAUCGAGCCUACGAGGUUCUGAAGGACGCAGACCUCAGGAAGAAAUAUGAUAAAUAUGGAGAGAAGGGACUGGACGAGCAGCAGCAGGGAGGAGGCUACGAGAGCUGGAACUUCUACCGAUACGACUUCGGUAUCUACGAUGAUGAUUUGGAGGUCAUCACGUUGGACAGCGGAGAAUUUGAGGCAGCAGUAAACUCUGGAGAAAUCUGGUUCAUCAACUUCUAUUUCCCACGAUGCUCGCACUGUCACGAGCUGGCUCCAACGUGGAGGGAGUUUGCCAAAGAGAUGGAUGGAGUCAUCAGGAUUGGGGCGGUGAACUGUGGAGACAACAACCAUCUCUGCAGGAGUAAAGGCAUCAACAGCUACCCCAGUCUGUUUGUCUACAAAGCAGGACAGAGACCUGAGAAGUUUAACGGGGAGCGUUCUAAAGACAGUCUGGUGAAGUUCUCCAUGAAGUUCAUCACAACAACCGUCACUGAGCUCUGGCAAGGUAACAUGUUCAGCGAGAUAGAGAGCGCAUACUCGUCAGGGCUCGGCUGGCUGAUCUCCUUCUGCUGUGACACUGGAGAUUGCCUGGAGGCAAGAACAAGACAGAAGUUGGCGGGGAUGUUGGAUGGUCUAGUUAAGGUGGGAUGGAUGGACUGCACCUCACAGCAACAGCUCUGUGACAGUUUCCAGGUGACCAGUGGAGCGACUGCUUUUUUCCCACCUGGAAGUUCUCUGGAUCAGAAAGACAGCAUACUGUGGCUGAAUACUCUGGACAGUAAAGAGAUUUACAAUCAGGUCCUCAACCAUCUGCCUGAUCUGGAGCUGCUGACCAGUGACAACUUCCAGAGGAAACUGGCCCACCAUCGCUGGUUGGUGAGUUUUACGUUUGGAGACAGAAGCCCCGCCUCCAACGAGUACAAGAAGCUACAGGCGUUCCUCCGAAAUGACCACAUACAGGUCGGCAGAGUUGACUGUAUAGCAGACUCAGAGUUGUGUCAGUCUCUCUACAUCCAAAAACCCUGCGUGGCCGUCUUUAAAGGACUGGGAAUCCACGACUUUGAGAUCCACCAUGGUAAAGACGUGUUGUACAACAUUGUGGGUUUUGCGAGGGACAGCGUUCGGGCUCAUGUGACGACGCUGAGACCCGACAACUUUCCUUCAGACAGAAAGGAGCCCUGGCUGGUCGACUUCUUUGCUCCGUGGUGUCCUCCAUGUCGAGCCUUACUGCCCGAACUGAGAAAAGCUUCAAUCCAGUUGGCUGGACAGAUGAAGUUUGGUACUCUGGACUGUACCAUCCACCAGCACCUCUGCUCUAUGUAUAAUAUUCAGGCUUAUCCCACCACAGUGAUCUUUAACCGCUCCGUUGUUCAUGAAUACGAAGGACACCAUUCAGCUGACGGCAUCCUGGAGUUCAUACAGGAUCUGGUCAACCCGUCUGUGAUGGUCCUGGAUCCUUCCAGCUUCAACGAGAAGGUUAAAGGUCGAGCUGAGGGGCAGAUCUGGGCGGUGGAUUUCUACGCUCCUUGGUGCGGUCCCUGUCAGGCUCUGAUUCCAGAGUGGAGACGCAUGGCCAGGAUGUUGUCGGGUCAGAUCCUGGUUGGUUCGGUUGACUGUAAGAAGUUUCAGCCGUUCUGUCAGGGCCAAGGCGUGAGGGCGUACCCUGAAAUCCGCCUGUACCUCGGCAACACCCGGCAGCCAGAUCACUUCAUGAGUUAUAACGGUUGGCACAGAGAUGCCCAUUCACUGAAAUCAUGGGCACUGAGCUCUUUACCCAGAGCGUCGAUUGACCUGACUCCAGAGUCCUUCAGGUCUCUGGUUCUGUCAGGUCAGGAUCACUGGAUUCUGGAUUUUUACGCCCCUUGGUGUGGACCCUGUCAACACUUCGCUCCAGAGUUUGAGGCCCUGGCUCGGGAUCUUAAAGGGACGGUUCGAGCAGGGAAGGUGGACUGUCAGGCUCAUUAUCAGACCUGCCAAUCAGCGGGAAUCACCGCCUACCCAACCGUCAGAUUCUACCCGUACCUGGGAACAAGGAGGCAUGAACACAGCGGAGAAUACAUCAAUAGCCGGGACGCUAACGUGAUUGCUGACACCGUCAGACAGCGACUACAGCAGCUGUCGCCACGGUUACACGGCAAACGGAAGGACGAGCUCUGACGAUCUGAGGAGGUGCCACGGGAGAGACCAGCGAUCUGAUUGGUCAGGGAGAGGACAGAGGUGGAUUUGAUUGGUCCAGCACAAUGAUCAAUCAGUCAACACUCCUUGAGAAGAACGCAGCUGUAACGCAGAGACGGACGGACGGACGGACGGAUGGACGGACGGACUGGACACUGACUGUUACCUGCUGUGUUGAAUGUACUGAACUCUUCUGCCUUGUUUUUAUUUGAUUUUUUUAUUUUGUCUCCAUUGUUUGUAUUUACUCUAUGAAGUAAAACUGUGGGACACUGGAUACUGGACAUGUUACUGACACAAACACACACACACACACGGAGCCCGAUGUUGACAUAGUGUUGUAUUUUAUUGUUCAUGUAGAAACUGUUGGACCUUCAGAAUAAAACGGCGUGUUUCUGUUAAAUGAUUUCAACAGUCACAUCACUUUUAUAACA